AUGGCAAAGAGCACUAAGCGCAUUGGAAACAAGCAGUCACCGGUUAAUAUUGUGACAAAAGACGUCACACCUGAUCCCUAUUUGAGGGACAACCCGUUGCAGUGGGACGAUACUGGCCUACUGUCUACGAGCAUCUCCAACACCGGUAACACAUGGGAAGUGAGCGUCAAGGUGGCGGAACCAAACCUUCGCGGGGGACCUCUGCAACACCACUACCAAGUGGAUCGGUUUCAUGCCCACUGGGGCAAGACCAACAACACCGGCAGCGAGCACCGUGUCGACGGGAAGCAGUAUGCCGGUGAACUGCACUGGGUCCAUUUCAACGCCGACAAGUACAAGUCAUUCGUGGAGGCAGCUUCAUCUGAAGAGGGUCUCGCCGUGGUGGCUGUGUUCUUGGAAGAAGGUGCAGCUAACCCGCUGCUUCAGAGCGUCGUCGACUGCAUCCCGCACAUCAAGCACAAGGGCAUGAAGCGGGUACUGCAGCAGCCUCUAGACGUCUCCUCACCGAUUCCAACCAGCUGUAGCUACUGGACGUACGAAGGCUCGCUGACGACAACACCGUGGUACGAGAACGUCACCUGGAUUGUAUACAAGCAGCCCACCAAAGUGUCACCCGAACAGUUGGCAGCAUUCCGCACGCUGAUGUCGUACGAGGAGAAAGUCUAUCCGCAGAAGUCAUCCGAUGGUCCAAUUGAGUGCAACGUGCGUGCUCCACAGCCUCUUGUGCGACGCAUCGUGCGGGAGCCCCUGAAGAAACGGGACGACAGCGGCCCUCGUUCAAAGGGGCGGCCUUCUUCUACGGAGUAUUCACAACUUCCGCAAAAGAAGAACUAA